AUGGAUGCAAGCACUCUAAAUAUAUCUGGGCCAUGUACCGUGAUUUCAAGAGCCCUAAGACCAUAUUUCGAUGAAACUCUUCAAAAAGAUGAUUAUUUCGAUGUGAAUAAAUUAGUUGAUAUCGGUGCUUUAUUUAAAGCACGUGUUCAUUAUGGCCAUAAAGUUGGUACUUUGAACGAGAAGAUGAAAUGGGCAAUAAUCGGUGAACGAUUAGGUAUAUCAAUCUUUGAUUUAAAUAUAACUCGUACUUAUCUUAUAAGAGCAUUGGAUUUUAUUGCUCACAUAGCUUAUCGCGGUGGAUUGUUUCUUUUUAUUACGUCUAACAGGGAAAAUAUGCUUAUGGUGGAAAAAAGAGCCAGAUCGAUAGGCGAAUAUGCUCACGUUCGAAAGUGGCAAGAAGGAACUCUAUUGAAUUCUAAGCAACUCUUUGGAGUCACUGUCCGUUUACCCGACACUAUUAUUUUUUUAUCAACAUUAACAUCGGUAUUGGAAACACAUCCAGCCGUUAUAGAAGCAGCAAAAAUGACAAUUCCUACUGUCGGAAUCGUUGAUUCGAAUUCGGAUCCUGCUUACAUUACGUAUCCUAUUCCAGGAAAUGAUGAUUCUUUAGUUAGCAUAGAGUACUACAUGAAUUUGUUUACAGCAGCUAUUCGAAAAGGCAAAAUAGCUAGAUCUAGCAUCAAUGUUUCUGAAAAAAUUAAGGUCUCAGAUAUUUAG